ACGAAAAUAAACCUACUGGACUCUCACCGACAUGUGGCCGAGACGCUUACAAACCAAAACCGAGCCUUCCGUAUACUCGAAUCGGGAAAAUUCCGUUUGAUUUCCCGCAGUCUAAGGAGACGGAUCCCCGGAAAUACAGCGAUUUAAGACCAGAGAGUGACUCCAUGUUGAUUUCUGGAUAAUUUGAGACAGCGUUUUGUACCCGAAUCCUCAGCCUUUUCAAAAGGCGUAACUCUAGCGACCUGAAAUGAGAAGCAACAAGCCAAAGACUUCAGAUGGAAGAGAUAAUGGUGAAAAGAACAGUCAGGAGGAUAAUGAAAGUGCUGUUGCAGUGAAUGAAGAAGUAGACAGGUGUCCCAUCUGUCUCAGCCUCCUCUUGCAGCAGGAGUUGGCUCUCCCUGAGAACUGCUGUCACGUCUUCUGUCUAAGCUGUAUUCUGAAAUGGGCAGAAACUGUCACUUCCUGCCCUAUUGACCGUAAGCCUUUCCAAGCAAUUUACAAACAAGAUCGUAUACUGGGAUGCAUGAAGAUUCCAGUAAAGAAAAAAAUGAGUGAAACAGAGCUGCAGGAAUGUAGCUGCAACAAAGAGAAAGAAAAAAGGAAAGGCUGUUUGUCAUAUUGCAACAGCACAUCAAGGGGAAAUUCGGGGAAGUAUUCAGGAAGGCCUCUGUGUCCCAGAUCUUGUUUGGAAGAUUACGAGAGAAAAUAUACAUAUAAGUCUUAUGUUUGUUGUAAAAACAAAAAGGAUUCUACAUCAGCUGCAAGAAAGAAUAAGGUCAGUAGAGGGACCUGUUCACAGAAGCUUGUUACAGAUUUCUCCUGCAUUUCUCCGUCGAAUGGCCAGACCAGUGGAACCUCUAUAGCAAGUCAAGAGAAUUGUGCAGAAUUCAUAGAAUUAUAUGAAGAUGAACCUCACUUUAGACAGAAGAGAUGCAGACUGGAAGCACAGAUGCUCCCUUGGCUGGCUGUUUCCACUACUCUCUCAGCAACCGGGUUGGUAAGACAAAGCUUUGAGUCCUAUGAGGUGCUUAAUGGCGUGUUUACUUGGAGAUCACUAUUACCAGAAGCUACCUCUCCAGCAAAUCCUUUUGCAGGACAAUUUGAAGUCAUUGGCAAAGAGUGUGUAGUAACCUGUUCCAAGGGAGGAGACAAAAAAAAUACUUCAAGAGCGUCUGGUACAAAAGGUUCAAAAAAGAAAACUCAGAAUGCAACAAACAGGAGGAGAUCUGCCAGAAACUGCCAAACAGAAGAGUCGCCUCCAACACAAAACCCAAGUUCUCCUCAGUCUAACCACUCUGACUCGGAUACAUCGCUUACAAACAGUCCCGCAAAAGCAACUGGUGCUUCAAAAAAACCUGAAAAGCAAACUGUAAAGAGAAGGUCCGAGCAAGGUGCUGAAGAGGAGCGUCCAUCUAAGAGAAAAACCAGAGUAGCUAAAAAUUCUAAAAAACACUGUCCUAGUAGUCCUGAGGAAAGUGAAAAUGAGGAAGAGCAUAUGGUUGAAGAGGAGGAGUCAGAGGAGAAAGGAGCAGCUGAACUUUCAAAGGUGCCACUUACAGACGAGGAACUAAAUGCCGCUGCUGAAAGCAGCAACUCCAGCAGACACUCUGAAGAGAAUAGUCCUGAAACCUCAAUGGAGCCAAUAAACAGAAAUGACCGGAUGGAAGAUAGCAGUGCUGAUGAGACAGAGAAAAACGACCUUCCUCUCUCACCUGAGGAGGCGGAGGAGGACCCAAAAGAUAAACCACUUAGCAAUGAACUACCACCAUUGUUGCCUGAUGAUGGUGAAUUGGAAGACUCUUUGAACACAAGUCCUGUGGAAAAGGCAGACUCUGCUUCCCGCUUCAGUGAGGGUGCCUUAUCGCCCACAGAAGAGGACUUGCGAAGCUUGGAAGCUAAAAGUCCCGAAGGGAAAGCUAAUUCUGAUUGCAGCGAGCCUCCUUCCCCACCCUCUGAGGAAGACAUGGAAUUGGAGACUAAAAGUCCUGUUGAGAAAGCUGACUCUGUUUCCCAGAGCAGCGAACAGCCUUACUCGCCUGCAGAUGAAAUUGGCAACUUGGAUGCUAAAAGUGUCAAUGAGGACAAUAAGUCUGAAACUGAAGAACAUACUACUGAAAAACAAAAAGAAAGUGAAGACCAAGAAUCUAGGAGCUACCCGCGGGAUCCGGAGGAAUUGCAUGACUCUGAAAAAGAACAUUCAAUAGACUGUAGAAGUAAAGCUGAUGAGCCAGGUGAACCCAUCGAUUCGGAGGAAUCUGUUGUACAAGGAGAAACAUUGGAAGAAAAAGAUCCUCCCCAUGCUGAUUCCAAAAAGGCAGAAUCCCCAGAAAGUGGAAAAAACAAAACAAGAACAUAUUUUUCUGAGGAUAACACUCAGAUGGUGUCAAUGGAGUGUGACUCUUCAAGCAGAGAACAUCAUGAAUUAAAAACAGAACAAGAGGGGGUGGUUAAAAAUACCAACUCUGUGACUAUAACACCGGAUACUGACAACCAGACAGCAAAAAAUAAUACAGUGGAUGAGAAAUCCCAAGAUAGGACUUCAGAGAGUACCACUGAACAAAAAGAGACAGAAAAGAGAGAGAAUCGGCAACGCAGAUCUCGGUUUCAUUCUCCUUCUACAACCUGGUCUCCAAAGAGAGAAGGUAAAAGAGAGCGUAGAAGAUCAAGAUCUAGGUCCAGGGGUCGAGACUCUCCUUCAGCUUCCAGACGCAGGUCUAGAUCACGUAGUAGAGACAGAGAAAGUGACAAAGAUGGACAAAAAAGUGACGGAUCUAGAAGAGAGCGCAGCAGGGAGAGAGGAGAAAGAAGAGGUAGGAGGCAUUCAAGGAGCCGAUCAAGAACACGUGGUAGAGCUUCCUCUUCAGACAGAGCUGAGAGGGGUGGUCAUUCUCCUCGGAGAAGAGAUAGGGGGUCCAAUGACAACUGGAGAAAUUCCAGAGGCAAUGAUAGGCACAGGAGAAAUGACCAGGAUUGGCAAAGUGAUGUAUUUGGCAAAGAAACAUCUGAAUCUGACAAUGGAGGAACUGAAAUUCCACCUGAAAGGAGCAGAACAGAAAAUCCAGACUGGGUGAAAGAAAAAAUAAAAGCUGAUUUGGACACAUCAAAUGAUUCAAGAUGGGAAGAAAGCAAAAAUGAUGGGCCAAGAGGUGAUUCCUGGACCCGUAAUAUUAGCCCAAGUUGGAAAUCAGAUCGUGGGAGUAGCCGUGGCGGGUAUAGAGGUGGUUUUGGACAAGGAGACCAAUCGGAAAACCGUUGGCAAUCUAGAAAUUCUCUCUCAGGGACACCAGACAAUUCAGGGAAUGACUCUUACAGCAGAUUCAAUGAGAAUCGGCUGAAUAGACGAAAAGGUGAACAGGACUUUACAGCCGAGCCUCCUGUAGAUCGGUCUGGCUGGUCCUCUGCAUCCAGCUGGGCUGUAAGGAGGACUUUACCUGCUGAUGUGCAAAAUUACUAUUCCAGAAGAGGAAGGAACCAGACGGGUUCACAAGGUGGAUGGUUGAAACCAGAGGAAGAGACACCUGUGCAAGAUCCAAACUUCAAUGAACAAACCAGUCAACCCAGUGAUGUCCAACAGCUACCUGUAAAUGUGAUGCAUCACCAGCUGAAUGUAAUCCCGCAGCCAAUGAAUGCACAGCCUGUGAAUCCCCAGCCAAUGAAUAUCUUGCCAUACCCUGUAGGUGUCCAUCCCUCAACAUUGAAUAUGCAGCCCAAUCCGUUCAACAUGGCCCAUCAGUUACCUGUGCAUAUUCAUUCAGGAGGGCCACUCCUGCAGGUAGCUGCUCCAGCCACUCAGGGUUUACCUCCUCCACCCCCUCCUCCUCCACCAUCUCAGCAAGCAAGCUUCAUGGCCUCGCAAUCUGAUGGAAAGCAACCACAGGUAGUGACCAGUGCGCAGGGGGGGAACACGUUCAGUGCACCUCUCUUGCCUGCGCCGUCAAAAGCUCCGGGAAGUGCAGUUCAGGGAGCAGCUAAUAUAAUUCUACCAUCGUCAAGAACCCAGACCAGCACAGCUGGAAAACCUUUUAUGAGUAAAGAAACGGUGACAAUUGAAGCAAAUGCAGACAGUUCCAAGAAAGAAAAGAAAUGUCAAAUUCAGGAAAAAGCUGUACAAGAAGUGAAACUGGCCAUCAAACCAUAUUACCAAAACAAGGAUAUUACCAAGGAUGAAUAUAAAGAGAUUGUCCGCAAAGCGGUAGAAAAGGUUUGCCAAAGUAAGAGUGGAGAAGUCAACUCUGGUAAAGUGGCAAAUCUGGUUAAGGCGUAUGUCGAUAAAUACAAGCAUGCCCGCAAGAAUAAGACAGAAGACCAUGGAAAAUUCUGAAUAGGACUUAGAUUUGGCUCAGCAUUUACAAAGUGCAAUUUCUACCACCUGUAACAUUUAAUAUAAACUUUGAGAACUGACUGCAAAUCAGGUUUUGAUAUCGGCAACCUAAUGUUAAUAAAGUUUUUCUAUAGAUUUCAUAUUUUGUUUAAAAUGAGAGCGGGAGAUUUAACCCUUUUAAAUUAGGCUGAAACCAUGAAAAUUACAGAUUUGCUGAUAUAAAAGGGUUAAAGGAAAGCAUGAUGGUCCUGUAGAAUGUUGUCGUCUUGUGCGAAUGAAAAGCUGUACAGCGUUUUGACUUGCAGUAGUAAGAGCAUCUAUUUAAGCUCUUCUGUUAUAGCCAGUACUGGUACAGAACAGGUAUGUACAGUUUUCAUCUAUCAGGAGCAAAGUGUUUUCUUAAGUGUUUAGGUAAAAUUCUCUAUCGCUGAUUGAUUUUUUUUGUUUUUUUUUUUUUUUUUUUUUAAAUAAUGAACGCUUAGGUAAACGUGUUGCCUUUACAGUAAUUCGUAGUGGUAACUGGAAAGUUGAGUGCAGGAUUAACCACCAUGUGUACAUGUUAUGUCGGAAACAGAUGAAGGGUUUAAUGUACCCAGACUAGGUUAGGCAUUUUAGGAUUGCUAGAGCUAAAGAACAGUUCAACGAGCUGGUGUCGAUUUGACCUUAAAUUUUGUUUUGUAACAUGUGCUCUGUGGACACUGUAACUAUUAUCCAGAAAGCAAUUCAAUAAAUGAUAUGCUGCUUAA